AUGUAUUUAAUUUUCAUUUCACUACUAUUUUUAUCAUAAUGUCAAGAUCCUACAGUUUUUAAGGCAUCUGACAAGGUCUCUUAUAUAAUAAAGGAUAAAUUAAAGAGGCCAGCAGAUUUGCUUUUCUUUACAGAAGGUCUAACUUUUAUUGCAGAUAAUGUAUUAUUAGAGAGUACAGGUUUAUAUGGGGAUUCUGAGAUACAUUAUAUUGAUAAUGUGUUUGAUAAAUAGAACAUAGAGUUAAAAUUACGUUAGCCUAUAGGAAAACAGUAUUUCGGUGAGGGAUGUUCAAAAAUAAAAAACAAAAACGGAAAAGAUGAAAUCUAUAUGUUGACUUGGAAAGAGAGAAAAGCAUUUCUAUUGAAUAGCAAUUUGUAGUUAGUUUAAGAGUUGGAAAUACCAGGAGAAAUCUAAGAAGGAUGGGGAAUGACUUCUUAUAGAGAUAAAAAAGGAGAUGCAAUGCUUUUAAUUUCAGAUGGAACAAAUAGAUUGUAUCAUGUAGAUCCAAAUGAUUUUAAAGUAAAGAAGACUGUAAGUGUUCGUUUAGAGAAUGGAAAUGAGCUCAAUAAAUUAAAUGAAUUAGAAAUUAUAGGAGAUGGUACAGUUCUAGCAAAUAUUUAUGAAACUCCAUUGAUUGCUUAAAUAGAUCCACAUGAUGGAAAGCUAUUAGAUAUACUUGACUUUACUGCAUUGAUCCAAGAUGUUGAGAGUGUGAAAGGUAAAGGAUAUACUGAUCCUAUGUUUAACAAGGUGUUAAAUGGGAUAGCAUAUAGAGAAGGUAAUCUAAUAUUAAGUGGUAAAUAAUGGCCUUAUUUUUAUUAAAUUGAAUUAUAAUCAUAAUAAUAAUCAUGAA